AUGCUGUCCUUGUCAUCCACCAUUGACUUGCAAGGAAUGUGUUUCACAUUGUUCGUAUGUUGGAGUCCAGAUAGCACUCGCAUAUUGUCUGCAUCCGCUGAUAAAUCUGCAAAGUUAUGGGACGCAGACACCAAACAGCUUGUUACGAAGUUUGAGUUGGGUAGCAGUAUUGAGGAUCAGCAGCUAUCAUGCCUGUGGCAAGGAGAGCACAUGCUGACCGUAUCCCUCUCUGGUUACAUCAACUACCUCGACAAGAAUAAUCCCUCCACACCAGCAAGGGUUAUCAAGGGGCAUAACAAGAACAUCACCGCCAUGACGCUAUCACAAAGUUCUAAGACGGUCUACUCUGCUGGGUUGGAUAACAAACUACUGAAUUGGGACGUGGAAACGGGUGACUGUGUUGAAACUAAAGGAAAGGGCCAUACCAACAUGGUGAAUGGGAUGAGCAUGACGGGCAGCACCAUCACAUCCGUUGGAGUCGACGAUCAAAUCAGGUUCCAGGAUGCAGAGAAGAAAGAAUUCAUGGCCGAGACCAUUGGAUUAGACGCUCAGCCUCUCUCUGUGGACACGGUCGGAGAUAAGAUGGCCAUUGGCACAGACGGAGAAGUCAGCCUGUACAGUGGGAAUACCAAGGUGUUUUCUGAGAAGGUUGGAUACCGAGUAAACUCUCUAUGUUUCAAUCCGUCCGGGAGUCAGCUAGCCAUUGGUGGAGGGGACAGCAAGGUGCACAUCUUUGAUGUCUUGGCCAGUGAUUUGAAGGAGGUGACUCAACUGACAAACAAUGACCCUGUGGACGCCGUUAAGUUCUCUCCCGAUGGAGAGCACCUCGCCUGUAGCUCUGGCAAGAAAGCGUUCCUGUGGAAAGUCGAUGGAUAUAUGCCUGUCAGCACCUACUGGAGUGGACACGUUGGUCGCAUUAUAACCCUGAGCUGGAGUCCAGACAGCAAACGGUUUGCAACAGGCGGAGUGGAUAGUUCACUUAGAAUCUGGGCCUUGGCAAAUAUCAACUCUGGGGAAUGCAUCAAAGGAGCUCAUCCCAAAGCUACCAUAGUGUCCAUUUCGUGGCUGGAUGACAACACAGUGGUGUCGGCAGCGCAUGACAAAUGCGUCAAGGUGUGGACGGUCUAGACAGGUCAAAGGUUAAUCAGGGUCAGUGGACAGAGGGGGUUAAUAUUGGGACAUGUUUGGUUUCUUCAAGGAUACCUUUGGGGAGGGAGGGGACGCUUAUUAAUGGGUCACAAAUAGUCAUACAGAAACAAGAAUGAUUUGGAAAGUUUUAGUUUUGCAAGACUUUUAUUUUGUUAAGGAUGCUUUCAUAAAGCUUGAAAGCACAAAAAACUUGCUUAGCAGAAACAGGUUACCAG